GAAUAUAUGUUAGUAAAAUUUGACCAUGAGAAUAAGAAAGUGCGCUUGGUGCUCUGUGGUGAAGAAGUUCUUCAAACACUUCAAGACAAGGGGGAGAAGGUAAACCCCAACCACCCAACACUCUGGCGACCAGAAUAUGGAAGCUAUAUGAUUGAAGGGACGCCUGGGCAGCCAUACGGGGGAACCAUGUCUGAAUUCAACACUGUGCAAGACAACAUGAGGAAAAGACGGCAAGAGGCCGCUUCUGUGCUCAAAGAAAAUGAGGCUGUUUGCACUGUGACAUCAUUUCCAAGGUUAGGGUGUCCUGGGUUUACGCUGCCAGAAUAUAAGCCAACACCAGUAGAAGGAGGAGCUUCAAAAUCCCUCUUUUUUCCAGAUGAAGCCAUCAACAAACAUCCCAGAUUUAGUACGCUGACCAGAAACAUUCGGCACCGAAGAGGAGAAAAGGUUGUGAUAAAUGUACCAAUAUUUAAAGAUAAGAACACGCCAUCACCGUUUAUUGAAACAUUUCCUAAUGAUGAUGGAGAAGCAGCAAAAGCGGCAAAGCCAGACUAUAUAUACAUGGAUGCUAUGGGUUUUGGAAUGGGAAACUGCUGUCUUCAGGUAACAUUCCAGGCUUGCAGCAUUUCUGAAGCAAGGUAUCUCUAUGAUCAGCUGGCCACGAUCUGUCCCAUUGUGAUGGCGUUGAGUGCUGCAUCUCCAUUCUACAGAGGCUAUGUGUCUGAUAUUGACUGUCGCUGGGGAGUAAUCUCUGCAUCUGUAGAUGAUCGAACACGAGAAGAGAGAGGCCUAGAGCCACUGAAGAACAACCAUUAUAGAAUCAGUAAAUCCAGAUAUGAUUCCAUAGACAGUUAUCUAUCUGAAUGUGGUGAGAAAUACAAUGACAUUGAUUUGACAAUAGACAAAGAUAUCUACGAGCGCCUAAUAAAGGAAGGUAUUGACCACCUUUUGGCACAGCAUAUUGCACACUUGUUCAUUCGAGACCCAUUGACUUUGUUUGAGGAGAAAAUACAUCUAGAUGAUGCAAAUGAAUCCGACCAUUUUGAGAAUAUUCAAUCUACAAACUGGCAGACAAUGAGGUUUAAGCCACCUCCUCCAAACUCAGAUAUUGGAUGGAGAGUGGAAUUCAGACCUAUGGAGGUCCAGUUAACAGACUUCGAAAACUCUGCAUAUGUUGUGUUUGUCGUAUUGCUAACCAGAGUGAUUCUGUCAUACAAACUGGAUUUUCUCAUUCCUUUGUCUAAGGUGGAUGAAAACAUGAAGGUGGCCCAGAAAAGAGAUGCUGUCCGUCAGGGAAUGUUUUACUUCAGAAAAGAUAUUUGCAAAGGUGGAAAUGCUGUUGUGGAUGGAUGUGGCUCUGCACAGAACGGGACAGGCACUGAUGCAGAAGAGUACACCUUAAUGAGCAUUGAUACAAUUAUCAAUGGGAAGGAAGGAGUCUUUCCUGGUUUGAUCCCUAUUUUGAAUUCCUAUCUUGAAAACAUGGAAGUGGAUGUGGACACAAGGUGCACCAUCCUAAACUACCUGAAGUUAAUAAAAAAGAGAGCAUCUGGAGAAUUAAUGACAGUUGCUCGAUGGAUGAGGGAAUUUAUCGCACAGCAUCCAGACUACAAGCAAGAUAGCGUGAUAACUGAUGAAAUGAAUUAUAGCCUUAUUUGGAAAUGCAACCAAAUCGCACAAGGCCAGGCAGAGUGUCCUGAACUAUUAGGGGUAGGAUUUAAUAAGAAACAAAGUGGAAACAAAACUGGCUCUUUGUAAUGAAUGAAUGUUUUUUAAAUAAUAUAAAGUUUAAGCCUUUUAGCAAAGCACUAGCAAAGAUACUGUGAAUCUGGUACAGUUUCAUGGUGUGAAGACCAAAACAGGGAUACUGCACUAUAAAAUGGGCCAAUCUGCCUAAAUAUUUGUUUAAGGCAUCCUAAAGUGGGCAUAUUCUUAUUGUUAAGGUUUAUACAAUGUACAUGUAAAUAGUAAAAUAUUUUUAUGAUUAACAUCAAUGUAUUUUAAUAACAUUGUAUCUAAAGUUAUUGUGAAUUAGCUUGUAACUUUUUUAUGCUUAUUCUAGAAAGAAAAAUUGUCCUGAACAGCUUUGUAAAUGUAAUGGUACUUGUAUAUUAUACGCAUUCCAGUUACUGAAUGUUUACUGUAAUUUUUUUAACCUGGAAUGUGCUAAGUAAUCUACCUUA